UGCGGCGAGCGCCCCGAUUCGCGCAGCCCGCUCCGCGGCCUGGAUGAACUCGGCGCUCUCCUCAUCGAUGCGCUCCCAGAGUCGAUUCGUUGGCCGCGGCGCCAUUUUGCAGGAAGAGCGGUGAGAGAGGAAGGAUUUUAUUUAAAUAGAGAAACAACCCUCAGAAAUGGCCAAUGUGCUCUGUAACAGAGCAAGACAGGUGACCUAUCUACCAGGAUUUUACUCCUUGGUCAGAAGGCUUGUAAAUCCCAAGGCUUUUUCCACAGCAGGAUCUUCUGGCUCAGAUGAGCCUCAUGUUGCUGCUGCACCUCCUGAUAUAUGUCCAAGAACUGUGUGGCCAGAUGAAGUAAUGGGACCGUUUGGUCCUCAGGACCAGAGAUUCCAGCUCCCGGGUAAUAUAGGUUUCGAUUGUCACCUAACUGGUACAGCUUCUCAGAAGAAAACACAUGUUCAUAAAAGUUUGCCUGAUAUAUUAGUGGAGCCCUUAUCAAGUGAGAGACAUGAAUUUGUGAUGGCACAAUACAUAAACGAGUUUCAGGGCACUGAUGUCCCUCCUAAACAGCAAAUAAAUAAUGCUGAAACAUACUUUGAAAAUGCUAAGAUAGAAUGUGCAAUACAAACUUGUCCAGAACUGUUACGAAAAGACUUUGAAUCAAUAUUUCCAGAGGUGACUGCCAAUAAUCUAACAGUACUAACCAUAACCCAGAAAACUAAAAAUGAUAUGACUAUAUGGAGUGAAGAAGUGGAAGAUGAGAGAGAAUUGUUAUUAGAAAACUUCAUUAAUGGUGCCAAGGAAAUUUGCUAUGCACUGUUGUCUGAAGGCUAUUGGGCUGACUUUAUUGAUCCAUCAUCAGGAUUGGCGUUUUUUGGACCAUACACGAACAACACACUGUUUGAAACAGAUGAACGCUACCGCCAUUUAGGAUUCUGUGUUGAUGACCUUGGCUGCUGCAAAGUUAUUCGUCAUAAUCUCUGGGGUACUCAUGUGGUUGUAGGAAGUAUUUUCACAAAUGCUGAACCUGAUAGCCCUAUCAUGAAGAAAUUAAGUGGAAAAUAGCAACUAUCUUCCAAGUUAAUAUUUGACCUGUGUAUUUUUACUUGAUAAUUUGUCUAUAAACACUGUCAGAAAAUGCCAAGUUUUAGAGUAUGCUCACUUAUAAAUAAUAAAAUAACUGUUAUU